GAACACCCCUGUCCUUUCUGAAGAUUGGAACCAUGGCGGCGGCGGCGGCGGAUGCAGCAGUGAAAGUGGCAGAAAUCCGCGAUUUGACACGGAUCGAGCGAAUUGGUGCACAUUCACACAUUCGUGGACUAGGCCUAGAUGACACGCUUGAACCACGACAGACCUCCCAAGGGAUGGUGGGUCAGCUGCAAGCCAGAAGGGCAGCUGGUGUUGUUCUAGAAAUGAUCAAAGGAGGAAAAAUUGCUGGUAGAGCUAUCCUUUUGGCUGGGCAACCUGGAACAGGGAAGACAGCCAUUGCCAUGGCCAUGGCUCAGGCAUUGGGUACAGAUACCCCUUUUACAACAUUGGCCGGUUCAGAGAUCUUCAGUCUAGAAAUGUCCAAGACAGAGGCACUCACACAAGCCUUCAGGAAGUCUAUUGGAAUCAGGAUAAAGGAGGAGACAGAAAUCAUUGAGGGAGAGGUUGUGGAGAUUCAGAUUGAUCGACCAGCAACAGGAACGGGAGCUAAAGUUGGGAAACUGAUUAUGAAAACCACUGAGAUGGAAACUAUAUAUGAUUUGGGCAAUAAGAUGAUUGAAUCCCUUACUAAAGAGAAAAUCCAAGCAGGAGAUAUAAUCACAAUUGACAAGGCCACUGGGAAGAUAACAAAGUUAGGUCGUUCAUUCACAAGAGCCCGGGAUUAUGAUGCCAGUGGACCUGAAACGCGUUUCAUCCAGUGUCCUGAAGGAGAGCUUCAAAAGCGUAAAGAGGUCAUUCACACUGUCAGUUUGCAUGAAAUUGAUGUAAUCAAUUCCCGAACUCAGGGCUUCCUCGCUCUUUUCUCAGGCGAUACAGGAGAGAUAAAAUCAGAAGUGAGAGAACAGAUCAAUGCUAAAGUUUCUGAAUGGAGGGAAGAAGGGAAAGCUGAUAUCAUCCCUGGUGUACUCUUCAUUGAUGAAGUUCACAUGCUUGACAUUGAGUGCUUCUCAUUUCUGAAUCGUGCUUUGGAGAAUGAAUUGGCACCUGUGGUCAUCAUGGCUACUAAUAGAGGGAUCACUCGAAUUCGAGGCACACAUUACUCCUCUCCUCAUGGCAUUCCUUUGGAUCUACUUGAUCGUACAAUCAUUAUCUCUACUUCCCCCUAUGAUGAAAGGGACAUCAGAGAUAUCUUAAAGAUCAGGUGUGAAGAAGAAGACUGUGAGAUAUCUGAUGAUGGGUUAUUGAUUCUGACUCGAAUUGGAAUGGAGGCUUCUCUUCGGUAUGCCAUUCAGCUGAUCAGCCUAGCAUAUCUUGUUGCCACACGGCGAAAGGGGACUGAGAUCACUGUAGAGGAUAUCAAGAAGGUCUACACCCUGUUUUUGGAUGAAGUGCGUUCCACUGCAUUCCUUAAGGAAUAUCAAGACCAGUUCAUGUUCCAUGAAAAUCCUGAACAGAGUAAGUUUCCUUUAUUUACCUAUAUCAUCUACUCCAUCUCAAUGCCAUUAACCCAUUUGCAUUGA